UACAAAAGAAACCGACUAAGAGCACUACGUAACAAACCACGUUUGUCCACCACCUGAUCUCCACUCCGGCCACCGUCCGCAACCGUCUCCCUCUGCCGCACACCAACACUCCACUUCACACACAUCACUCUCUCUAUUUCUCACUCUCUACAGUCCACACACACGCACACACAUCUGUAUCUAUAAUUGACAAUUCUCUAUCUGUCUAUACAUCCGGCGAACAAAGGGGAAAACGAAAACGCCCUCCUAUAAUGCGAUUUCCACUUAAAUAAUGCACGCUAAAAUCCGUCUACCUAACAGUGGACACAGCACUCCGUCACCGCCGGCAUCUCCGCUCCGAUCUCCUCGUCUCCGGCAUCCUCGUGCCGGAAAAUCCUCCGGUAAGUUUCAGUUCGCCGUUACUAACCGUUCAGUCGCUCAACGGAUCGCGUGGAUCGUUCUAUCGGUUCUGUUACGUCGCCAGGGGGUUUUUCUGUUUGCUCCGCUACUGUAUAUCUCUGGUAUGCUGUUUUGUAUGGGAACGGUGUCGUUUGAUGUUGUUGUUCCGGAUGUUAUUAAGGUCCGUAGGGCUCCUGGAUCGGUGUACCGGAGUCCGGAACUGUAUGCGAAGGUUCGGCAUGAGAUGGAUGCUGAUAAUUCGAGCUCUGAUGCGAUGUCGUCUGUAUGGAAACAUACCAAAGGUGGAGACUGGAGGCCUUGUAUAAACAAGUUUUCAGGAGUUUAAAAUCGUCUGAAAGGACAUUUCUUACAAAUGUCAAUUUUUUAGCCUUGCCGGAAUCAAACGGGUACAUAUAUGUUGAGGCAAAUGGUGGUUUGAACCAGCAAAGGACAUCGAUUUGCAAUGCAGUUGCUGUAGCAGGCUAUCUUAACGCGACACUUGUCAUCCCCAAUUUCCAUUUUCAUAGUAUUUGGAGAGAUCCUAGCAAAUUCAGUGACAUAUACGAUGAAGAAUUCUUCGUUAAAACAUUGGAAAAUGACGUACGCGUGGUUGACUCCGUACCUGGAUACCUAAUGGAAAGAUUUGACCACAAUCUGACCAACGUAUUCAACUUCAGAAUAAAGGCCUAUUCACCCAUUCAGUACUACAAAGAUAUAGUUCUUCCAAGACUUCUUGAAGAAAAAUUCAUAAGGAUUUCACCAUUUGCAAACCGAUUAUCAUUUGAUGCUCCCCCUGACGUCCAACGGCUUCGAUGUUUGGCUAACUAUGAAGCUUUACGGUUUUCAAAUCCUUUAUUAACAAUGGGAGAAACAUUAGUUUCAAGAAUGAAAGAGCGCAGUGCAAAUAAUGGUGGAAAAUACAUUUCUGUUCAUCUACGUUUUGAGGAGGACAUGGUUGCGUUCUCGUGUUGUGUGUAUGAUGGUGGAGCUAAAGAACGGGAAGAUAUGAUAGCUGCUAGGGAGCGGGGGUGGAAAGGUAAGUUUACAAAGCCCGGUAGAGUUCUUCAGCCUGGAGCCAAUAGGGUUAAUGGAAAAUGCCCCCUCACACCUCUAGAGGUUGGUUUGAUGCUUAGAGGAAUGGGAUUUGGUAAACAUACAUCUAUAUUCCUAGCUUCCGGAAAAAUAUACGAUUCCGAGAGAUACAUGGCUCCACUUCUUGAAAUGUUUCCUCUUUUACAAACAAAAGAGAUGCUUGCAUCUGCUGAGGAACUUGCUCCGUUUAAGAACUAUUCUUCUAGGAUGGCAGCUAUCGAUUAUACCGUCUGUCUCCAUAGUGAAGUAUUUGUUACAACUCAAGGUGGAAACUUUCCUCAUCUUUUGUUGGGUCAUAGAAGAUAUCUGUUUAAUGGGCAUUCAAAGACAAUCAAGCCUGACAAACGCAAGUUGGCAGUCUAUUUCGAUAACCCAAAAAUCGGGUGGAAAACAUUCAAAAGGCACAUGUUAAGCAUGCGGGCCCAUAGCGACGCGAAAGGAAUUGAACUGAAAAGGCCAAACGACUCGAUAUAUUCAUUCCCAUGUCCAAAUUGCAUGUGCCGUACAAAUAAAACCGAUGAUUCAAGAAAGACACCCAAACCAUGAUUCUGCGAGUCAACCCAAGUCAAACGGGUUUCCCUUGACCCGGGCUGCAAUUCUCGAUGCACAUUCUGUGAGCUAACUUUGAAAAUUCUUUAUUUUUUUCCUCCACUAAGCUUGAAUAAUCAGCAUCUGGAGCUCAACAAUGAUGAAGAAAGACGAAAGUUGAAUGAUUACAUUGGCUAUAAAGAAAAAAGAAAAAAAAAGUCGAGAUAUUUUUGGAGUUUUAUAUUCUUCAUGCAGAUGCUGUAUUGAACAAGCUGGAUUGCAAAUAUGAUGUUAGUUUGUGUACCAUAGAGUAAAUUUAGUUUUUUGGUGACAAUUGAGUUGAUAGAAAAGACUAAAAAAGAAUUUUACCAUUGUUUUGUAUGUAAUGUAAUCCACACCCUUCUUAUU